AUGCUGCCUGACUGAUGAAGAGUUGUGGGCUCAGCUCACUGCAGGCUAGAGCCGUGUCUAGCGAGUCCCAGAUCCACAGUGGAGACCCUCAAGACCAAAUGAGCUGCCUUACUGAAUGGGACGCACACACUUUGAGAAACUAGGGCCCUGGUGCGAUGCUGAAGUAAGGAGUCAGAAUGGCCACACCGCAUAGUUCCAGACAGAGCAGCUAUUCCUCAAUCUCUGGAAAGAUCAGGAUGCAUGCCAUACAGGUGGACUCGGUACAGCGCUGGAUGGAAGACUUGCGGCACAUGACGGAGGUGGAGUGCAUGUGCGUUCUGCAGUCUAAACCCAUCUGCGUGGAUGAAGACGCUCCAGGUGAGCUCAUCAUGUGCGGGACAGGUGCUGUCAGUGAGCACGUCACUCGUGAUAAUCUGCAGACGCUGCUGAAGAGGGCGCUGGUGGUCAGCACGGAGCUGGGGAAGAUGUUCCAGCGGCUGGAGAAGGGCCGCUGGCAGCGGGUCCACAGCACAGCAGGCAGGGUCCACUGUCACGUGCGCUCGCUCAUCCAAGAGUACAGCACGGCCAGAAACGCCCCACCAGAGAUGCAGAAGUAUGAGAAAUCACUGCUGGAGAAGUGCAUGGAGCUGAAUGUCGUUACUGAGAGGUGUCUUCAUACUGAGGAUGAAUACUUCCUCAAAUCUAUGAAGGAGGCCAUCCACGAGAUUCUUACUGACGUCAGCGACUCCUUUAGCCAUAUGAUUGACAUGGCACUGGCCAGUGAGAUACAGAUUUUGAUUCGUCAGAUUGAGGAUUCCAAUAAUGUUUUUGCCAUCAGCACUGCCAUUAGUAACCUCCUGUCUUUAACUCAGGAUGGGCCGCAGCUCUGCAGCAUCAUCGCUAAAGAGGGAGCUGUGGUGGCCCUUCUGAAGAUCUGCCGACAGGACUGCUUCAGUACUCUGUACGCACACGCGUUGAGGACCGUGGCCUCUAUCUGCUGUGUUGAAGAGGGCAUCAGCCAGCUGGAAAAGGUGGAUGGGAUCCUGUGUCUGGCAGACAUCUUAACGGACAGCACAUGUGCAGAGGCGACCCGAGCGGAGGCUGCAGCAGUGAUGGCUCAGAUCACCUCCCCCCAUCACACCUCCACACAACACCUCGCCAGCUUCCUGGAGAGCAUGCAAGACAUCGUCACAGCCCUCAUCGAUCUGUGUCAGAGUGCUUCCUGUGGUGAAGUGUUUCUGUUGGCCUCAGCAGCACUGGCAAACAUCACAUUCUUUGAUAGCAUGGCAUGUGAAAUCCUGCUGCAGCUCAAUGCUGUUCACAUCCUGCUACAGGCCUGCAGAGACCGCCAACGCGUCGACACGCCAUACUCAAAAGACCAGGUUGUGACAAUCCUUGCAAAUCUUUCUGUUCUGGAGCAGUGCACUGCAGAUGUUCUAGAGGAGAAGGGUAUCGAGCAGCUGCUGGUGUUGCUCAAUGAGAAGCCAUCAUCCUCCAGUCCGUCCGAGAGUGCAGCAUGCGAGCGGGUUCAACAGAAAGCUGCCGUCACACUGGUUCGUCUCAGCAGAGACCCGCUGGUUGCUCAGACAGCCAUACAGCUCAAGGCUGUUCCUCGCCUCAUUGAGUUGUGUCGGUCACCAGCGGAAAGGAACAACAGCGAUUCAGUACUUGUGGCCUGUCUGGCUGCUUUGAGGAGGCUUGCAGCUGAAUGUCCAGACAGUAUUGGGCCCACUGACCAUCAACAGCUGAUUAAGCCCAGACUGGUGGACUCUUUCCUCUUGUGCUCCAACAUGGAGGAGAGCUUCGUCUGAGAGGCUCUCUGAAUUAAAGGGGGAGGGUGGGGUGUAAGAGAUUUUGUGCAAUUUGAUCAAUGUAUUUAUUUGUUACCAAAAAAACCCACCUUGGUUGAUCUGUAUGUUUUUGUACACAACCUCCAGCCAUCUGGUAGAAAUAUAACAUGAAUCAUGCAUGACUGAAAUUUUAAAAAGGCCUGAGUAUUAUUUAUAUCAGUCAGGGAUUUAGAGAAAUCAUACAUAAUAAAGAAGUACUGACAAAAUUAAUCAAUUAAUUAAUUAGCUAUUAAUUGUGCAAUUGUGCUUGAAGAUCCAAACAUUUUAAAUGUAACACUGUGCACAUUUCCUAUUCACAUGAAUGUAAAUGGAUGUGUGAUAAUACACGUUGGUUCAGCCUAUAUAAUGCUGAAAACUAUUUAAAUAGUCAAGCAAAUAAGCAUGUCUUGAAUAAAGCUAAAUUCUAUUGAAAGUGGGUUUAUGCUUAACAU